UCUGAUCGCUGGCGCGGUCCCCUUAAAGCACCACGCUGCCAUUUAAGAGCAAACAUGAAAAGUAAGCUCUGAAAGCCACAUCUUCUUGUUUUCAUAUGGACAGGGCAGAAAAAAAAAACAAAACACGCCCCCGUGUCUCCGCUGACAAGCGCGACACAAACCGCUGGUCAUUGCUCCCAGUUGAAAGCGGCGUUUUAAAUCGAGGGAGUCGGCGCUCGAUUGCUCUGGUCUGACGAAGAUGGCAGAAUCGGAGUGUAACGUUUCAGUUCCUCACUUGAACUCCCUUCUACAAAUGGAUCCUUACCUCAAACCGUUUGAAAAGGACUUCCAGAGGAGGUACGGGCUGUUUGAGAAACAGCUCACACUCCUUGAGGAGGCCGAAGGAGGCUUUGAUCAGUUCACACGCAGCUAUAAGAGUUACGGAGUACAACGGAUGCCAGACAACAGCCUCGUCUUUAAGGAGUGGGCCCCAGCCGCCGAGGCUCUGUUCCUCGCUGGAGACUUCAAUGGCUGGAAUAAUUUUUCACAUCCCUACGCUAAAAAAGACUUCGGGAAGUGGGAGCUGCACAUACCCCCAAAAGAGGACAAGACACCUGCUGUCGCUCAUAACUCCAAGCUGAAGGUGGUUGUUCACACCAGAACGGGCGAGCGGCUAUACCGAAUCUCACCUUGGGCAAAGUAUGUGACCAGGCAUGAGAAGUCCGUCAUCUAUGAUUGGGUACAUUGGGACCCUGCUCAACCUUACAUCCACAAGCACCCUCGUCCACAGAAGCCCAGGAGCUUACGGAUAUACGAGUCCCAUGUUGGAAUUGCUUCUCCGGAGGGCAAAGUGGCAUCCUACAGCAACUUCACACACAACGUGCUGCCUAGGAUCAAAGAUCUUGGUUAUAACUGUAUUCAGCUGAUGGCGAUCAUGGAGCAUGCCUACUACGCCAGCUUCGGUUACCAGGUCACCAGUUUCUUCGCAGCAUCAAGUCGUUACGGCACCCCAGAGGAACUCAAGGAGCUGAUUGACGUGGCUCACUCUCUGGGUAUCAUCGUCCUGCUCGACGUGGUGCACAGCCACGCAUCCAAGAACACAGAGGACGGGCUGAACCGCUUUGACGGCUCUGACUCCUGUUUCUUCCACAGCGGGCCCCGUGGAGAACACAGCCUCUGGGACAGCAGACUCUUCAACUACUCUGGCUGGGAGGUGCUGCGAUUUCUCCUGUCAAACCUGCGCUGGUGGAUGGAGGAGUACAGGUUUGAUGGAUUCAGGUUUGAUGGAGUGACGUCUAUGCUCUACCAUCAUCACGGGAUCGGUUCAGGAUUUUCCGGGGAUUACGCUGAAUACUUUGGACUCCAUGUAGAUGAGGACUCUCUUGUCUACCUCAUGUUGGCAAACCAUAUUUUGCACACCCUCUAUCAGGACUGCAUCACUAUUGCAGAGGAUGUGUCCGGUAUGCCCACCCUUUGCCGUCCGAUCCAAGAAGGAGGUCUGGGUUUCGACUAUCGCCUGGCCAUGGCUAUUCCAGACAAAUGGAUUCAAAUCCUUAAGGAGUUCAAGGACGAAGACUGGAACAUGGGAAACAUCGUGCACACGAUGACCAACAGGAGAUACGGCGAGAAAUGCAUCGCUUACUCCGAAAGCCACGACCAGGCUCUGGUGGGAGACAAAACUCUGGCCUUCUGGCUGAUGGACAAGGAUAUGUAUACCAACAUGAGCGCUUUGAUUCCCAUGAACUCCGUUAUUGAUCGGGGCAUCCAGCUCCACAAGAUGAUCCGACUGCUUACCCACGGCCUGGGAGGAGAGGGCUAUCUUAACUUCAUGGGCAAUGAGUUUGGUCAUCCGGAAUGGCUGGAUUUUCCCCGAGUCGGCAACAAUGAGAGUUAUCAUUACGCCCGGCGGCAGUUCAACCUUGUGGACAUGGAUCACCUCCGUUACCGGCAGCUGUACGUUUUCGACCGAGACAUGAACCGCACGGAGGACAAGUACGGCUGGCUGGCGGCUCCCCCGGCUUACAUCAGCGCCAAACACGAGGGAGACAAGGUGAUCGUCUUCGAGAGGGCCAACGCCGUCUUCAUCUUUAACUUCCACCCAACUAACAGCUACAGCAACUACAGAGUGGCAGUGGGCCCGCCGGGGAAAUAUAAGAUCAAACUGGACUCGGAUGAAAUCCAGUAUGGAGGUCACGGAAGACUCGACCACAACACGGAUUUCUUCUCUGAGCCGAUGGAAUUCAACAAUCUCCCCAAUUCUAUGUUGGUUUACAUUCCCUGCAGAACCGCUAUUGUUCUGGCCAACGAGGAAAUCGAUUACUGUUACUGAUUCGCCACGAGAUGGAAACCCAGCACACUUCUGUGACUCGACCUACCUCCAUUCACAGCGUGUUUGCCGUCGUCCUUCAGAAAGCCUGCAUUUUCCCAUCAAUUAAAUACAAGAUGUUCUGAAUACCUUCGAUCUCAUUUCUGCUUGGGUAAUUGUUCACAGGUUAUUGAUUAUCAAGAACCGGUUUCUCGAUACCCCACUGAGCUCAAGUCUAAUCGUCAAGCCCUUGAUAUGUUCAAAUCCAAGCUAAAUUUGAUUAGAUGAACGCCAGAUGUUAAUUACUAUUGAAAUUGCCAUUCAACAGUGAAUAAGUAAAUGAACCCUUUGACUGUGGUCAGUAUUAUAAGCAAUAAUUCAGCACUGUAUUUAUAAUACCGUAAUUGUGAAAAGCAAAUAUAAUUGCUUUGACGCAAGUUUGAUUUGUCUGCUAUUUAAUUUGACACGAGCACUUUUUGACAUUCUGUGUCGGUGAUUUAAGUUCUGUAUAAAUAUUUAUGCGCAGCAAGUAUUAAUUCAUCCUAGUUCACAAAAAUAAAAAAUCGUUUGAGAACGAGGUAUUGAUUACAUGUCAGUUCAGUGCUGAGCUGUUGAAUUAUAUAUUUUUAAUACAUAAACUCUGUGUAAAGUCGUAAAAUCUAAGUUAUAUUUUUCUGACGGGCUGUUUUUUUUUGGUGCCUUUAAAUUUUUCCAGUCAUAACCCUGUUUUGAUUUUUUUUGAUAUAAUAUUAAUCGGACAGUCACGUAGCUCAGAUAUUGUGCUAAUUCACUGCCCAACAUGCGUGUAAACGUCUGUAAGAUAUAUUUUAAGUGCUGUCAUAUGAUUAAUCGCGUCCAAAAUGAAUGUUUAUUUACAUAAUUUGUGUCUAUACUGUGUAUAUUUAUUAGGUAU